GGCAUUCCAAGUUCCAAACAGCACACAUAUAAAUGAACUUGCUGCCUUCAUGCUCCAUGGGGCUCAGUGGCUGGGGCUGAGGCUGGGAGGUGGCCCCAAGACAAAGGAGUAGCUGUACCUUUCUGAGCGGUGAAUGAGCUUGAGCCACACACCAAGUCCUGCGGCGCAGCCAGGCCACCAACACAGAACACCUCAACCAGCCAUCGAAUCACCCAGUGCUGAUGCCCUCUGCCCAUCUGGCCCUCGCAUGCCGCUGCCAUGCUGAUCACUGUGUACUGUGUGCGGAGGGACCUCUCGGAGGAAACUUUCUCCCUCCAGGUCAGCCGUGACCUUGAGCUUUGCAACUUCAAGGUCCUCUGUGAAAUGGAGUCCAGAGUUCCUGCUGAGGAGAUCCAGAUCAUCUACAUGGAGCGACUCCUCACAGACAACCACUCUUCCUUGGGUUCCUAUGGCCUCAAAGAUGGUGACGUUGUUGUUUUACUUCAGAGGGAUAAUGUGGGAUCUCAGCCUCUAGGACGGAGCCCAAACCAGCCUUGGGUUGAUUUCAGCACAAUUCCUCAGCCUGGAACAUCAAGCUCACAAUACCAGCACCAGCACGAGCACCAGCGCCAGCACCCGCACCCACACCAGCACCAGCACCCGCACCAGCACCCGCACCAGCACCCGCACCAGCACCAGCACCCGCACCAGCACCAGCAGCAGAAGCAAAAGCAGAAACAUGCUCCAUCAGCCCAGCAGUCCCAUGGCUUGGCUUCUGGAGAGAACAUGGCCUCUGCUGCAGGUCUUGACAGCCCUGCCUUGAUUCGCAGCAUGCUGCUUUCCAGUCCCCACGAUCUGUCUCUGCUGAAGGAACGCAACCCUAUCUUAGCCGAAGCUCUGCUCAGCGGAAACCUUGAGACAUUUUCUCAGGUCCUGCAGGAGCAGCAGAGGGAAAUAGCCUUGAGGGAAGAAGAGAGGCUUCGCCUCUAUUCUGCUGAUCCAUUUGAUCAAGACGCUCAGGCCAAAAUAGAAGAAGAAAUUCGGCAGCAGAACAUUGAAGACAACAUGAACAUAGCUAUGGAAGAGGCUCCGGAGAGUUUUGGACAGGUGGCGAUGCUCUACAUUAACUGCAAAGUGAAUGGAUAUCCUCUGAAGGCUUUUGUUGACUCAGGUGCCCAGAUGACCAUUAUGAGCCAAGCUUGUGCCGAAAGAUGUAACAUAAUAAGGCUAGUGGACCGACGAUGGGCUGGGGUCGCUAAAGGGGUGGGCACACAGCGGAUUCUUGGCCGUGUUCAUCUAGCUCAAAUUCAAAUUGAAGGUGAUUUCUUACAAUGCUCCUUCUCUGUACUGGAGGAGCAGCCAAUGGAUAUCCUCCUAGGACUAGAUAUGCUUAGGAGACACCAGUGUUCCAUUGAUUUGAAGAAAAAUGUGCUGGUGAUUGGCACCACUGGCACACAGACUCACUUCCUCCCAGAGAGUGAGUUACCCCCAUGUGCUAAGCUGGUAGGCAGUACUGAGCGAGAAGAGCCUUCAGACAAAGAGAAUAAUAUUAAGCGUUCUGUCAAGAAUUCAGGACCAAAAAAGCACUGAAGCAAAUUGUAAUAUGCCACCACCUUGAGGGAGCCUCCAGUUCUGGGAAAUUAUAAGACAUGAGUUCACUGGCUAUGUAAUCAUUAAAAACAUCAGUAACAACUAAA